AUGCUGGAAGGAUACUGGGAAGAGAGGUUAGCCCCUAGGUUAGUGAUUUUCUCUAACAGUCAACCAGCACUACGAGCCCUCUACUACCUACGGAUCCGUGGUAAUAAGGCUACUAACAAAGUAGCUAAAAGGGCUGCCCUGCGCACUACGAGAGAGGCAGACGAUACCUUUAUCGUCCUUGUAGCAGCCGUUAAACGCCGUGAGCAAUCCUGGCAGAAACAAACCACUAGCCCUUAUGCUAUUGCGCGACCAACUAAACGUCUUAUUGAACAGCUAAUUAAGAAGGUCCUGGACUACGUACAGGCCGGAUUGCCCUACGAGGGUAUCUGGCUAAGAUUAACCGUGCAGAGACUGACUGGUGUAUAUGCGAUUAAGGGCCUAGUUAACCUGCGCGAUCACCCGAUAGCCACAGGCGUGGAAGAACCAGAAGAACUAGCUGCGCUAGAAGAACCAGGAGGGCCAGGAGACGCUUAG